UACCACGCUGGAAGCAACCAGUUAUAAAGACACUCCCACCCUAACUUUGGACACCAGAGUUUGCUACAUAUCUCGGCUUCAAGAAGGAGACGCAGCAGCAGCAUCUAAUAUGUCUCUCGCCCACAACUUGUUGGGUCGUCACGGCAACAUCUUCGAUGCACUCCGUGGCUUUCCCUCGGAUGACUCCGGCGCAGACGACAUCCACAUGGACUGGAAGGAGACCCCGGAGGCGCAUGUCUUCAAGGCCGACCUCCCGGGGGUCAGAAAGGGGGACGUGAAGGUGGAGGUGGAGGACGGCAGGGUCCUCUCCAUAAGCGGCGAGCGAAGCGGGGAUCCGAUUGAUGACAAGGAGAAGUGCGAGUGGCACUGCUCGGAGAGGAGCCGCGGCAGGUUCUACAGGCGGUUCCGGCUGCCGGAGGAUGCGAAGGCCGAUGAGAUGAAGGCCUCCAUUGAGAACGGGGUGCUCACCUUGAUAGUGCCCAAGCGGCAGAUGAAGAAGCCCGAGGCAAGGUCCGUUGAGAUCACAGGCGGAGCAGCGAGCAAGAAGAGGGGCAAAGAGAAGGACGUCGUUUGCUGCAGCUUUUGGCCUAUCUGAUUUGGGUGCAACUGUUGCAUCGGAAGGUCUCGUUCAGCAGUAGUUUUUGAGAAGUACUUCGAGUGACUUUUGUGGUGUAAUUUGCACGUAAAUAUUGGUUUGUGCGUGUAUUUUUUUUCUGCUAUUAGAUGCCUUCACUAAUGAAUGCUAAUUAUAAAUAAUUGGAUCUCCUCAA